AUGCCACCUCAUGGGGGCCGGUUUCCCGGCCAUAACCUCUCCAACCCAUUCGCACAUCUCUCUGGCCCAAUGCCCCAGCAGCAACAGCCACUGCACCAACAUCAGCAGCAACAGCAACAGCAGCAACAGCAGCAACAGAAUAUGCAGCAUUUUGGCGCGGGCAACCAGGCCACCAGUCUGAAUCUCUUCGGCCAACACCAGGGCGGAUUUCAGGCGAAUGCUGGCCUAGGCGGCGGCUUGGGAGGCGCGGGUCUGGGGGCAGCAGCAGCCAUUGGCGGGGCAGGUGGAGGCACCGGACUGGACGGACAUGAGGCGCGCAUGCGGUUUGCCCAUGGCGCUCAAAUACAGGAGAAUGCAGCCCGUGGACACGACGGUACCAAGGGCAUUGCCGGCCAGCGCAUACGCCAGGUCUGGCGGUCCAACCUGCAUCAGGAGAUGGACAUGUUACGCACCCUCAUUGACCAGUAUCCAUACAUUAGCAUGGACACUGAGUUUCCCGGUGUUGUUGCGCGACCUAUCGGAGACUUCAACUCGAAAGCGUCAUACCACUACCAGACCGUUCGCUGUAAUGUCGACCUGCUCAAGAUCAUUCAACUGGGCGUCACCCUCUUCAACGUUCAAGGCGACGUUCCCCCAACACAUCUCGACACGAAUACUCUGACCUACAAGCCCAAGUCGUUUCAAAGAUAUUCAAAUAACAUUAUUCCCUGCCCUUGCACAUGGUCCUUCAACUUCCAGUUCUCCCUCGGAGACGACAUGUACAACGAAGAGUCGAUCCAGAUGCUGAAGAAGUCUGGAGCUGAUUUCGAAAAGCACCGCGACCAGGGCAUUGACCCGCAAGAGUUUGGCUCGCUACUCACAACGUCUGGAAUGACCCUGUCAGAGGACGUCAACUGGAUAUCAUUUCACUCUGGCUAUGAUUUUGCAUACAUGCUCAAGAUGCUUACGUCAAAGCCACUACCCGAAGAUGAGGACACGUAUCGCAAGCUUGUCAAUGUUUUCUUCCCCAAACUUCUCGAUGUCAAGUAUCUCUGGCGACAUGCAAAUAACCUGGUUAGGCGCGGUGUCAUUGGCGCCACAGCAACCAACAUACUCAACAAUCUGGGCACGAAGUCUGGCCUCCAAGAUCUUGCUGAUGAGCUCGGCUGCCAGCGCAUUGGUAACUCACAUACCGCUGGUUCAGAUGCUUGGUUGACGGGAGUUGUAUUCUGGGAAAUGAGGAAGAAGAUUUUUGAUGGAUCCGUUCCCGACGAAAUGAGUGGUCACAUGUGGGGUCUUACCGGCGUUGGAGCCCCAGCCAGCGCAGCUGCUCAAGCUGCUGUGCUUGCUGCGCAGGGUGCAUCACAGGGCUUGUCUGGCUUCCAGCAAGGCGUUAACAACACGUUCUACCCUGGAAACGCACGACAUGGUGUCGAUGGACCUAGUACGCCUACCAAUCACCCCGCCGGCCUUGCAUCCAACACACCAGGACCAACUGGUAUGAUGACUCCUGGAGCUUACAGCGGAUAUGGCAACAAAUAG